UUGAGUGGCAGCUGCUUGGAGGGACCAGCACACAGUGCACCUCUCAUAAUAACGGUUAUUAUGGCGGUUGUGCACCUUGAAGACCUUGCUAUUAUAUACGAAAACAUUCACGAAUGCUUGUUGCACACUUUGAAAAGGUAGGACUCUGCCAGUACCAGUGUCGUGUCAGGUGUGUGGAGACAAGUCUUACGGUAAACACUACGGGGUCUUCUGCUGUGAUGGUUGCUCUUGCUUCUUUAAGAGAUCCAUCAGGAAGGGUGUCACUUACUCCUGUAUCUCUGGUAAAGGCGAGUGUGUGGUGGACAAGGCUCGUAGGAACUGGUGCCCUCACUGCCGCCUCAAGAAGUGCCUCGCUGUCAGCAUGAACACAGAAGCCGUACAGGAGGAGAGAGGACCUAGAAAGCCCAAACUGAAGCAGCAACAGCAGCAACAACAGACAACACUUACAGAAUGUCGUAUGGGCGAAGUAGGGAGCAGUCCUACAAUGUGUGGAGGGGGUGUCCCUGCCCCAGCUAGAGACCCCCCGCCCCUCUUCUCGCCCAUCAGUAUGAACACCGGGCCCUCCAAGAUACCAGGAGUCCCCUUGACUGGGGACUUACCACCAGCCUUCGUCAGACAGUUGGGUCUUCCUGAAACUCCCCUAACGUUGGCAUCUUUGUUAGCGUCGAACCCUUUCUUGAUGUCCUCACCAUCUAUGUUAUCACCGCCACCGCCCACCAUACUACCCCAGUCUAUACCAACACUGCGACCCAUGGCACCUACCAUGAUGCCACUACCACAGCCACACCUCCCUCCUCUUGGGCUACAUACCUCUGCUUUCAGUGCUGUUAGACCUAACCUUCAUGACUGUGUCAGACCUAACCUACACAACUAUGGUAAUUCUGGUCGUUUACGAGAGGAGGUUGGUGUACAGGUGUUGGGAUGGGUGGUGCGUCAAGCCAGAGCCUCGCCCUUCCUCACCCCUCUGCUUGCCUCAGACCUGCUCCUGCUCCUGACUCGGGCCUGGCCGCAGUUGCUGCUACUCCAUGCUGCUUAUUGGCCACUUGAUCUUCUACUACUAAUGCAGAAUGAGCUAAUAGUUGACCUUGAGGCGGGUAUGUUUAAGAAUGAAGAAGCUGGCCAGGUUGCUGCUGCAUUACGCUUGUGUCGCCAGUACUCCCUAGACUCCACUGAACUGCUGCUUCUCUCUGCCGUCAUCCUUCUCAGAUCCCAACCAGGCCUAUCUUCAGAGGGAAGAGUGCUGAUGUCACUACUUCAUGAGAGAGCACAAGCUACCCUUCAAAGUCAUGCAGCCACAUCCUUUCCUGGUGACCCUUUGAGACCAUCCAACCUGCUCCUGCUGGUCGCAUCCUUGCACCGCCUCCCUCAACAGGUGGUGACACAAGCCCUUAUUCCCAGUCUUGCCUCACCACAUGCUGCCUCUCUCAUUAUUGCCACAUUCCUCACAUCUAGCUAAAAAGAAUUGUGAUUGCAGUAAGCUAUUUUAAAGCUGUGGAAAAGGACACUUGUGAACAGUUUUGAACAUUUAUUAAAGGAAAUGUUUCCUUUAAUAAAUGUCCUGAACAAGUGUCCAUUUCUUCAGUUUGCUGGUAUUGCCAUACCCUUUACAAUCUCUUACAAAUUAUUAUUAUAAUCAAAAAGUGCUAAGCCACAAGGGCUAUACAGCAAUCUCUUACAAAGCUUGUCAAUACAGAGCAAUUUUUUGUAAAUAA